AUGACCGCGGCGGUCUGCUUGGAUCAUUGCACCAGUUACGAAUUCUACGGAACUCAGUAUGGGACAGAGAGCGAUUCUUCUGACGCCAUGACCUCGGAGUACUCUACAGAGUGCCACGGAUUGCGUGGGCGAAGACAUAGCCUACGCACCUUAUUUAAUACACUGUGA